CCACUUUUUCUUCCACCGUGAAUCAUACGCACGAGUCACUGAAUAUUUGUGCAUGGAUAGACCAUAAUCCCUGUUCGUACUGAAACCGGAUCCCCACCCACCUCGUACAACCACAUUAAGGUUAGAUAACUCCUGGUUCCGUGACUUGUUUCUGGAACUCCUCCCUCAAGUUGGUGGGGUGCGGAUAUGCGACCUCGAUCCAUUAUUGCAGUUCUUGCAUUCCCUAUAAAGCCCUCUGUUAUUGCGACCGCGACCGCGUCUAACGUUGCUAAUUUCAAGCAUUGUUCAUUGGUCAGUCCUCUAAAUUCUUUUUGCAGGAUGAAUAUUAACGCGCAAAAGUGGUUCCGAUAUUCCCUACUGCGCUACUCCUCGAAUUGGCCCGCAGGGAAUUUAUUCAAUCCUAGCUUGUCGAGCUGAUAUACCGCUUGGAAUAUCUUACGUAUACCUAGCGUAUCGUUUAACGGCCAAACGACAAUCGGUCAUCUUUCCUCGAUAUCUCGGUGCAGAUGGUAGAAUCACCUAUGUGACGCAUACGCCGAUAAUAUAAAUAUUGACUACCGCAAUCACAACAGGAGCAACCCGCCCGUCCUUCGCAUUCCAAAGCGCCCCAGUACGAAUUUCAAGCUCGUAUUUUCGCAACCCCAUCUUCCGAUUACCCUUCUACACCGUAUCAUGAUGGAAUUAGUGAUAUGAGCGUCAUCCCACAAGCCGCUAUUGUAGCGGUAGCUAUCAUUGGAGGAUUAGUGAUUCUAUGUGCUAUUGUUGGUUCUAUUGUGUUUCUGGUUCAUAGAUGGAGAAGACGCUUGCCGAUGGCUAAUAUGCAGGCGGAUUUGGAUAUGAUGCCGUUGGAGGAAUUGGAGGGGAGGAAAACCUUUAAUGGACGCUUGUGUGCUUCUUCGUCUCUUGGGUCGGUAGUCUCUCAGAAGGAAUAGAUGGUGGAAUGAUAUUUUUUAUAAAGGAUUGUUAUGUGAUGCUUUCUGAAGACUUUUGGAUGAUUGAAAUUAUUCUGGUUGCGUGCACGCAUGCGUAUAUAAAAUGACUGAAAAUUGGAGAUUUACUACACUGCUUAUUUUUGUAUCUGGAAAGCUGAAUGUCUGUAGUAGGAUGAUUAGAUGGUUGGGCGCUGUGGGUGGAGGAAGAGAGGUGCACUGAGUUGGUAACAACACUAUAGUGUU